CUAUAUUUGUGGCGCCAUGAACACGAUCGUCUCGUAAUCGAAGCGUUUGAAUUUCUCUAGGAAUCUCGUUCGAAUGAAUUUGAAUUCGGGGUCAUCGUGAUUGAGACCUUGUGUACGGUGCCGCGCCUCAUCUUAUGCUUCGGCUCCAUCGCUGAGGCUGUCUCAUUUGCAACGCUGAUUUCGAGUUGCUUGCGCAUUUCUGAAUGGCCCUCUGUUGGUCGGCGUCAUCACCUUGAGGAGCUUGUUUCGGCGUCUACACUUUUGUGGAGCGUAUCAUCGAAUGCGUGGCCUGUUGGAAGUAUGAAUUAUGAUCCUUGAUUGAUUGCAUUAACCAUUGAGCGCAGACUUCCAGUUGUAUUAGAAUUUCUUAGAAUUUCUUAGAAAACUUCUUGUAGAUAACUGCAUCCUUUUGAUCUGGUGAAGCUUCAACAACUAUGUUUAAGAAUGCAGGUGGAUUGAGAAACUCUCGGGAUAAAGGUUGUGGCGUGAAAUCAUCCGAGGGUGAGUAGGGAGAGAGUUGAGGAGACAAUUAUUGAGGUCAAAGCAGUAUGGUUUCAUUAGGAGAUCUGUGCUGAAUUUUUAUGUCCUUUCAAGUCUUUGUCAUUUCUUGUUGAAGUUGUUGAAGCUCGAACGAGUAAGUUUAUGCACAAUUGGGGAAAGGAGUUCAUGCAAACUAAUAUUAAAUACUAAAUUGUGAUUUAAUCAGCAAAUUUGACAGCAUUGCUUCAGAUGCUCAUACUAAUAUGGUUAUGCCAUUAGAGAAUAGAUGCCGCAUAAAUACAGUUGACGGGUGCGAUAUUCUGCUGUGGACGCUAUGUUGAUAGAUUCCUCGCCUGUGAAACACUCAACACUCGGAGGAUGUCGGAUUGUAACAAAUCGACCGAUGAGGACGAAAAUGUGGCGAGCAAACUCAUGCCCAAUGUGGCAAAGCUAAUUCAUUUCGAAUCCGGUUCCUCGGAAUUGAAGGGCAGCACUUCCAUGAGUUUAUGCGGAUCAAACAGCGAGAAAGAGAACGUUGAGAUGCAUAAGCGAGAAUCCCUGCACGGAAAUGGCACACACAGUCCGCCACGACGAGCUGAAGACUCGGUUUUCCAAGAUGUUGCCAAAAAAUUUCUGCGAAGAGCAGUAACAGGAAAACAGUCCCCGUCGAGUCCGUAUUACAGUUCACCUGCAGCAAGGAGCGCUUACGAGCCCUUCAAGGAAAACGUGAGGCCCAAAGCGCUAACACUGGCCCAGCAAGGCACCGGAUUGAUGCCUCCGCAGAAAAUGGCUAUGACGGAUGCAUCUCAUAAAGCUGCCAAUGAACUUAUGAAAAAGACAUCUCGUUCUAAAUUUGGAUUCGGACAACGGGGAUCUGUUAAUCCCAGGAUACAGGGAGCUGAAAGAUACAAAUCGAACUUUCUUUCCCUACGUCUCACCCAGCAUGCUACAAGAGUCGAAUUGCCAAGGGCAUCUCACGACAGCCAUGGCUCGAGGGGAUCACGUUACAUUUCCGAUUUAGCCAUGAACAGUAAGGGGCAAAAAGCCAAACUCCUCAGACAGACCGAGCCCGUGAACUUAAGCGAAAUUCAAGAAGAAUUUGCGAAGUUGGAUGCGGAGGCACUUGAAGAAGAGGAGAUACCGACCACACAUUUGACAAGGAUCAGGCCGAUCUUGACUUCCAAGACUUUAAUGCAGCAUGGAGAUAUAAAUCGUGGAGAAAAUAUUGAAGUUCAGAGCGAAGAAAAUCUGCCACGUAUUGAGCAAGAUGGCUCAACAUGCCUUUCUUUGAACGAAAUACAUGACGAAGCCAGGAAUGCGGAUGCCUCUACUAAACCCUUUGAAAAAGGAGACAAGAGGAAUGGGACGACUGGUAGUGAUUGUAAUGUACAAAAGACUGAAGCUGCUAAAGAAGAAGGUGUUGCAUCUUUAUCGUUGAUUUCUCCAAUCAAUCCUAAUAUAGUUGCCCACUCUCGAGGACAUCAAAGGACAGUUGGCAUAAAAUCUCCUCGUCGGAUUGAAGUUUCCACGCAAGGAGCCAGCGAGAAUGGCACACGCGUGUCGGCAGUUUUGGCAAAGAGUCAUGUUGAAGGGCAUUCAUCAACGAAACCGAAUGUGGACCGUUCUAAGAGAAUGAUGGCACAAGAAGCAAACGCGAAUGCUGCUCAUCAAGAUACUGUCCUUGACCACACAACUUUGCAUAGGGAUGCAGAGAGUGAUCCGCCAAAACUCCAUCAGGUUUUGGACAACGAAGAUGUCUCUCACAUCCCUCUGCAAGAAGAAUCUUUUUCCAAUAGAGAUGUUUCAGCAACACCUCCUCGGAACCCUAUGUUGUUGACUGGCGUUCGCUACAGCAGAAAAUGGAUAAACCCUGACAUGAGUCAGCGUCGGUUGACAUUUGACAGUGCCAAUGAAUCUUUCUCAAGAGCCAGCAACUCAAGUGAUGACUCAUUAUCUUCUGUUGAAUUUAAGGGAAGGAAAAACUCAGCUACUGAUAUUCUCAACCAUGAUAUGGAUCAUGACUUUUGUGCGCAUACGACUAAUGAAUUUCACCAUGAGAGUAGGAAUUUGAUGACAGAUGAUGUUGCCAUUGGUCAAGUAAGCACUCUGAGCCUGACGAUAAAAGUUAUUAACUUUUCACAUACUCAUUUUCAGGCUGAGGAGCUUAGUCACGAAAUCAUCAUUGAUUUGAAAUGUGCUGCAGAGAGACCUUCUGGUGAUGCUGAGUUGAAUGGUAAGGUGGAUGGCACGGACUCUGUAAGCUGCUCUUCAAAGCCAAAAACUGGAGUGCAAUCGGAAGGUGGAGCUGAAAGAGAGGCUUUGCCAACACAUUCACAAAUACGAGGCAAACCACCAGAUAUUGAGGCUGCCGAUGUCGAAAAAGAUCCAUAUAUCUUCACUCUCAGUCCCCAGGCUAAGCCGGCAGCUGGAUGCAAGAAAAUUCGUGGAUUGGGGAAGCGAACGUGGGCCAAUCUUGGCACUCCCAUUGAUGGUGGGAGUGAGUGGAAAGAGGGCCGGAGAGUAAGCACCCGCAUCAAAUCCAGGCCUCUUAAUUGGUGGAGAGGCGAGAAAAUGUUGUAUGGACGUAUUCACAGCAGUACGUUUGUAAACCGAACCAACAGUAUCUUUUAUGACCUGAAAACUCUGGUAGUGGUGCUUAUUGCCAAAAAAUCUCAGUACUCGAUAGAAGAAGAUUUCAUUAAGAAUUCUUUAUCACGUCUUGAAUUCUUUUUUGAUACCUGUCUAACAGAAAGUAGUUUGCAUCAUAUCACUUGCUUUAUAAACAAGAAACUUGAGUGUAGUCGUAUCAAUAACUUGUUUAUAAAUCUCUUUUAUAUUCAUGUCAGCAGUGAAUGCAACUCAAAUUCCAUGUGCAUUUGAAUACGCUUUCCGCUUUACGAUGAAGAAUUUCUAACAGACAUA